CCGCUCUAAGCCCCGCCCCUCCCGUUUCCCCCCUCUCCAUUUCCGGUCCCUCCGCCGCCGCCAUGUUCCUGCAGUGCUACACCAACGAGCGCGGGGAGCGCGUUUACACCCUGCGGAAAGUGUCCCCGGACGGGAUCCCCACACGCUCGGCACACCCCGCCCGCUUCUCCCCCGAUGAUAAAUUCUCCCGGCAUCGCCUGGCUCUGAAGCGACGGUUCGGGGUUCUGUUAACGCAGCGAGGCCGGACCCUGCUCUGAGGGACCCCAAAAAAUCCCAGAGCCCCCGGGAUGGAGCCGAAAUGACCCCGAGAGAGAUCCCGGAGUGACCCCGAGACCCCGAGAGAGACCCCCGGAGUGACCCCGAAAUAAACCCGAGACCCCCGGA